AUGAUUUAUGUAAAUUGGUACCAUCACAAUGUGCCAAAAAUUUUGGCCAUUUUUAGUUUUAUCAUAAAUCCUUUAUUCAUUUAUUUGGUCCUUACAAAAUCGAGAAGUCAAAUGGGAAAUUAUCGCUUUUUGUUAAUUGGAUUUGCGGUUUUUGAUAUGGUUUAUUCAAUGGCUGAGCUGUUAACACCAAUCGCUGUCCUAAACAGUGGCUACGGAUUCGUCACCUUCAUCACAGAUGGUCCAUUUUUUGAAAAUUUGGAAUACGGUCUUCAUGGAGUUUCGUCCAGAUGUUGCUUUGUUUCAAUGAGCUACGCAGUCCUAAUCAUUCAUUUUGUGUACCGAUACCUCAUUCUCUUUUAUCCCCAUCAUGUGGACAAAAUGUUGAAACCUCUUGGAAUCAUGGCGAUGACUCUAUUCUUUCUGACUCAUGGAGCAUUUUGGACAUGGAUUUGUGAAGAAUGUCUGGCUCCAAAUGAAGAGAUUCGGGAUAUCAUAAGACCAUCAUUUUUGGAAGUACAUCAUGUCAAUUCUGACUAUAUUUCAUUGCUGACAGGACAGUAUAGGUUGGAUUGGUAUAUCUUCCUUAACCGUAUUCCCAUGUACUGUAUGACAGUCUAUUUCGUUUUGGGAUAUAAAAUCAUGAAAAAAAUGAACGAAAGUCAAGCGAUGUCAAACAUCAGUAUUACUUUAAAUCGUCAACUUUUCAAAGCUCUAGUCGCUCAAACUUGCAUCCCAAUGUUUGCCAGUUUUUUGCCAACUAUAAUUGCUUGGUACGCUCCGAUUUUUCUGAUCAAUUUGACAUGGUGGAACAAUUAUGUCUGCAACAUUUGUCUAUCUGCGUUUCCACUAAUCGAUCCGAUUGUUGUGAUUUAUUUUAUACCGAAUUAUAAAAAUACAGUUUUGGUAUGGUUGAGACUUCGAAAACAAAAAGUGGUCACUACAACGAUAUCGAUGGUUUCUGCUCCGACUAUGUGA